AUGAUGCCGAUGUUCCUCACCGUGUACCUUAGCAACAACGACCACCACUUCAACGAGGUUCCCAUCACCCCAGAGACGCUAUGCAGAGAUGUGGUGGAGCUCUGCAAGGAGCCUGGCGAGACCGACUGCUACCUGGCUGAGAUGUGGAGAGGCUCAGAGCGCGUCAUUGGAGACGGGGAGCGGAUGUUGGAGGUGUUGCAGCGAUGGGGGCAGCAGAGGGGGGAGGUCCGUUACCUCCUGCGUCACCAACGGGCUCCUGGACGAGAUGCAGGUGGAUCCAGAAGUGCAGAUCAAAUGAUGAAGAGGAACCAGGUGAAGGCUUGUGUGGAGAGAUGUCUGGAGAACGGGGUCUCAGCUCCUCGGCUGGACGUGACGCUGAGCGAGCUGCAGGAUCUGGCAACCCGACAGCAGCAGCAAAUCAACGCCCAGCAGCAGCUACUGGCCUCCAAGGAGCAGCGACUACGGUACCUGAAGCUGCAGGAUCAGCGGCAGCAACAGCAGCAGGAGGCGUCCGAACAGGAGCGACUGCGACAGCUCAGAGAGAACGCACACAACCAAGAGGCCAAACUGCGAAGGGUUCGGGCCCUCAGGGGCCAGGUGGAGCAGAAACGUCUCAGUAACAGCAAACUAGUGGAGGAGAUCGAGCAGAUGACUGGUCUGUUCCAGCAGAAGCAGAGGGAGCUGCUGGUGGCUGUGGCCAGAGUGGAGGAGCUGAGCGACCAGCUGGAGGCGCUGAGGAGCAACAGACUGGAGCCUCCUCUUCCUCUUCCUCACCACCACAACACCUCCUCCACAGCUGAGCUGGAGCGCCUCUAUAAGGAGCUGCAGCUGAGGAACAAGCUGAACCAGGACCAGAGCGUCAGGCUGCAGCAGCAGAGGGACAGCCUGAACAAGAGGAACCUGGAGGUGGCAGCCAUGGACCGGCGGCUGGCCGAGCUCCGGCAGCGGCUCUGGAAGAAGAAGGCCGCCCUGCAGCAGAAGGAGAAUCUGCCGGUGGUCUCGGAUGGCGUGGCCCCUCAGCACGGCGUAGGCUCCAGAGUGGCAGCGGUGGGGCCGUACAUACAGUCAUCCUCUACAUCCACCUCUCAGGGGCCUCCGGUGCCGCCUCACCAGGAGAUUCUGGUGAAGCCAGCGUACCCGGACGGCACUGCCACCUUGCCCAUGCCGGACUCGUCCCUGAAGCCGCCGCCCAGACCAGCCAAACCAGCCUCAAGUACGCAAUCAGGUUUCAACGCCUCAAAAAUAACAAAACUUUCUGACUGGAGCUGCUCGUUUUCUGAAUCCGGUGGAGGUUACAGCCAUGCCUCCACGCUACCUCGCAUGUCCAGCCUCAGCUGCCACAACUCAGGUGGUGAGACCUUCACCAAUCAGAAGGGUCCCUCCGGGUCUGACCUCCCGCCACCUGUCCCUUCACGAACCAAUCACACUGCUGAGAACCUGCUCAGGGACAAUCAGGCUUCGGGUAAAGGUCUGGCCAAGAUGGUGCCGCCUCCAGUUCCCAGUAAGCCCAAACCGUUCUCCUCCUCUGACCCACCAACCUUCGCCAAGCCCACCUACAGCACCGGGACCUUCCCCGGUAAGGUGAAGCCAGUCGGGGGCCACCUCAGGGCUCUGGGAAUCAUCUCCAGCCACAGCAACACCCUCCCUCUGCCCAGCAAGCAGGAGAGUCCGCCGGCCGCCGCCGUGCGCCCCUACACCCCGGACCUCUCGGACGGCCCCCCUCCUGUGCUGCAGAAGCCAAAGACUCUGGCAGCUUCAUCCAUCUACUCCAUGUACACGCAGCAGGCUACGCCCGGGAAGGGCUACCAGCCGGGUGGCCAGGGCACACUGCCCCGCAGCCAGCCCCGAGUCUAUGGAAAGCCAGUCCUCCCAGCCAGCGGGGGGCAGCAAAGCUCAGACAACGCUGUCUUGAAUUUUGGGUUUUGCGUGUCUAACGGCAGCGAGUCUGACAACAGCUGCCCAGGCAGUGGCGAAGGCGGCGGAGGAGACACGGUGGAACGCACCAACCCUCGACCGCUCAGUCCCACCAAGCUCCUGCCCUUCCUGUCCAACCCUCACAGAAACCCCAGCGACGCCGACCUGGAGACCCUGCGGCGCCGGUUGCACCACGCCCCCCGGCCUCUGAAGAAACGCAAUUCCAUCACAGAGCCUGAAGGCCCGGCCGGACCCAAUAUCCAGAAGCUCCUCUACCAGAAGACCACUCUGGCUGCCAUGGAAACCAUCCCCAUGGAGACAGUCGGUUCAGCUGGAGCGUACGUGCAGCCAGCAGCUCACGAGGACAGGAUGGGCGGCGUGGAUAUAACGUCUAGGGUGGAAGACAACAGCGGCGCUCCCUUUGACGAACUGUCCGCUGAGAGCCCCGAGGACGCCUUGACCCCACCUCCACUGCCACCUCGCUCGCCCCUCCCUGAUCCCACUUCCUGCCACACCCUGCCCCCACCACUGGAGGACAGAGAGGAAGAGGAGAUGUGUCCUUCUACCUUAGUUCAUGACCACUUUCCAGAGGAGUUUCCCCCAUACCCACCUCCACCUUACCCGAGCUGUGGGGAGGUGGAGCAGGGGGACGACGUCAACCUGCAACCACCAGAGGUGACCGGGCAGGUCACAGUGCCACCUGGUAAGAAGUCGAUCCUUCGUAAAGCCAGCUCAGAGCGGAUCGACCACAGUAUGCGGGUCAAGUUCAACCCUCUGGCCCUGCUGCUGGACUCGUCCCUAGAAGGCGAGUACGACCUCGUCCAGAGAGUCAUCUACGACGUUGACGACCCAAGUAUGCCGAACGAUGAGGGCAUCACGGCGCUGCACAACGCCGUCUGCGCUGGCCACACCGAGAUCGUCAAGUUCUUGGUUCAGUUUGGCGUCAAUGUCAACGCUGCCGACAGUGAUGGCUGGACUCCCCUUCACUGCGCUGCCUCCUGCAACAACGUUCAGGUCUGCAAAUUCCUGGUGGAGUCGGGGGCGGCCGUGUUCGCCACCACCUACAGCGACAUGCAGACGGCUGCUGACAAGUGUGAGGAGAUGGAGGACGGCUACGCCCAGUGCUCGCAGUUCCUCUACGGCGUUCAGGAAAAGAUGGGCGUAAUGAACCGAGGCGUGGUGUACGCCCUGUGGGACUACGAGCCUCAGAGUGACGACGAGCUCGGCUUCACUGAGGGCGACUGCAUGACCGUGCUGAGACGGGAGGACGAGGUGGAGACGGAGUGGUGGUGGGCGCGAUGUGGCGACAGCGAGGGCUACAUACCCCGCAACCUGCUGGGGCUGUAUCUGAGGAUCAAGCCGAGGCAGAGGAGCCUGGCUUAACGGCCGGCGGACAUCUCCUUCAAAGACCAAAAUGUUUCCACGAGGGAGAAGCAGCAGAGACAUGAAGCUCUGAACCCGUGCAACAGAAACACAGAAUAUCAGAGAUAGCUGACGUUAAAAAAAAGCAGGAACUCGUUUCUGGACUGAUGAUUGGACGCCUGUUUGGUUUUCAGCACAAAGAAUGUAACAAAGAACUGCUGGAGAGCAGAGACAGAAGAAACAACUGCCUCCUUUGGUAAAAGAAAGGAUCUGAGAUCAGCACAUGUUCAACUUUUGCUGAUAAAUCAUGUCUGAGUUCUCCUUUGACAUCCUUCAGCUGAGCCGUCCUGUGGCGCCAGGGAGCCACGAUCACUGAGUUUGGAUUUUUAUUUUAACUUCAUCUUGUGAUAUUUAGUUUUUUGUCGUUUAAUUUCAUUUAGUUUUAUUUAAGAGUGACAAAGGAGUUAAAAAAUAAAAAUAAAAGACAAAAAAGGCAGAAUCACAUGUAGCAGAACUGAACCUGGGGUUUUACAGGCUCCUGCAGUCCUUUGAUUUUGUUCCAUCAUUCAUUAGUUUCACCAAAAGUAGAAGCACCCAGAGAGUUUGACCAGAUUUUCAGUGUACAGUCUCACAGCCUGUAAAUUUUAUGUAGCUGAUUAAAUAUAGCUAUGAUGCAGAGCCCCAGAAGCCUCAACAAUGCACCAAAUCAUGACUCGUGCAGAUACGGUGUUAACUUGAAAAACACACGACAUACUGACUUGACAGGAACAAUGUGGUAGUUUGUGCAAACACACGAGUGCUUUGUGGAAACAAUGAAAACAGGAUCUUCUGUGUCUUCAGUGGCUCUGUACUGCAGAAUGCAUUUCACCUUGUCACUGGUAAUAACUGAGUUAUUUCAUUUGCUUAUUUAUGUUCAGACGUUGUGCCCAGUUAUUGUUGAUCACUUGUUUUGUUUUGCAGCUCAGCUCAGCGUACGUGUUGAAGAUGAUUAUGAAGGAUUUUUUUUGUUAUGCAAGUUAUUUAAUUAAAAAU